AUGGCUUCAGAUGAUCACUAGCUAGCAAGAUACUACAGUAGCUAGCAGCUCGAGUGAGAAUCAAUCACACAUUUCUUCUCCCUCGUAUAUACAUUUCAGUUCUUUGCCCCUGUUCCUUGUUAAUCUGCUGGUGCUAUCUAUAUAUUACUACUUGUGAUAAUGUUGUCGACGGUGGUUGUGGCCUCUUGCGUUCCGGUGAGCCGGUCGCCCGUGAUGCGGCAGGCGUCCUCCGGCGUACGGCGGCGGGUUGGCCACAGCCAGUCCUCCUGGAGGCCGCCGCCGCCGCUGCCGCCGUCGUUCUUCUCUGCCGCCGUCGAGUGCAGGCGGCGUACGCUUGCUGUUGUAUGUGCUGGUCCCGGCGGGCCGGAGAAACACCGCCCGGCGUUCACCAUUCCUCCCACCGCUCUGCUGUACCCGCUCCCGCCGGCGGACGGGAAGGAGCGGUGGGAGAUGAAGGACGGCGAGGACAGCGUCCAGCUGUGGCUGCAGGUGCCGGGCCUCUCCAAGGAGAACCUCGAGAUCACCACCACCGAGGACCUGCUGGAGAUCAAGUGGAAGGGCGGCGGCCGCGCCGGCGCCGGGCCGGAGGACAUCCACGGGAUAGGCCCCUUCCACGUCCGCCUGCUUCUCACCAAGGAGUACGUCGCCGGCGAGGUCACCGCCGUGCUCAAGGCAGGCAUGCUGGAGGUCACCAUUCCCAAGAACAAAGCCGUGCAGCCCCAAGUCGUCGAGAUCGGGAAGCAGCCGCCACCGCCGCAACCGCCCGCACCAGGAGGUGGCAGGAGUCCCUCGUCGCCGCCGCCGCCGCAACCGCCCGCACAAGGAGGUGGCAGGAGUCCCUCGUCGCCGCCGUCGCUGCCGCAACCGCAAGCGCCCGCACAAGGAGGUGGCAGGAAUCCCUCGCCGCCGUCGCCGCCGCCGGAGCCACGACAGCCACCGUCGCCUCCGGCACCGUAGGCCGGCAGGUUGCCGUGCUCAGAGGAACAUCGGUUUUGAAACGCAUGCGGUUCAACGAAUUUCGUUGCAUUUGUAUGAAUAAAGUUGUAACAAUUUGCCGUCGAACAUCCGUCGUAUGUACGAAUGAUGGAGAUCAGGAUUCAAAUCCGAGCAUUUUGAUGUUUCUGAAAGAAAUCGAUUCCACGCGUUCCAGAAACAACCGUGUUGUAGUGAUCAAAAUUAUGGUUAUGUUUGGUGUGGUGGAUCAUGUUAAUGUUA